AUGAGUGACGUCUUUAAACCGGUAGUUUCACCGCUUAAGAAAUUAGUAAAUGAAACGGAGCGUAAUCUGAUCAUGGAUGAGAUAAAACGAGAGGUAAAACGAAACGAUGCAGUCGAUGAAUCCUUCGAAUCGCCAAAAGAUGAGGAUGAUGAUGCGAUGGAUGAAUCUUUCGAGUCGACGAAAGGUGAUUUCACCGAAGAAGAAGAGGAUGCUGAAGUAGGGGAUGGGAGUGAUGAUUCGGUGCAACGGUAUCUCGAUAUGUUACGAUCCAAUAAACAGAAAACUCUGGAUACGGUCUACGGUGUACGCAAACUGUCUAAGAAUAGGCUAAUGAUUGGUGAUGCGUCUAUAAGCUUCGAGGGUGAUCGAAUUCAUGUAGGUGAUACGAGUUAUGUAAGAACAGUCGGAUUGAUGGAACUUUUAUUUAAGAAAGUACCCGAUGAGACUGACUUCACCCAGGAUGACUUAGAUAAUUAUCGAGAAAUUAUCGUAGCAACGAAUGCGUACAGAAAGUAUUAUACUCCGCAUGGUGCCGUUCGCGGGAGCAACAUUUCCAAAUUUCGCAACAUUAUCGUAAAACUGAUCGAUAAAUCCUCGGUAGUGGGUGAGGGCGUCGUACCACCUCGGUAUAUGAUCGCUGUAAAGAACGGGCGAACGGAUUACGUAUACUGGGACGAUCCUAACGAAUUGGUGGAUCGUCUUCGUCUUCUUCUCGCGUCUCAGGAGGCUGGUUGGUUACCCCAGUCACUCGAACGAAAUCGUAUCGAUUCUCGAGGAAUUGCGUGA